ACAUUUGCUUAUAGUGAUAAGCAGCGGACAGUUUAUUCGUUAUGCGCUUCUAGCAGUUUUAGCAUAAACUGUUGUUACAUUUAAUAGUAGCCUAUACUUUUAGCCAGUGAAGCACGUUGUAUUUGGCAAUGUCAGGACAAAAAUGUGUUCGCCAGCUUAUUGUUUACUUGUCCUAGCUUGUUACCUAGCUGACAGUUGUCAUAAAAAUUUCUCCCGACCGCGAAGAAUGUCUGCCUUGUUUACAUUCUGGACAGAUGUGGCUGCGAAGUAAAUCUAUCGCUGUUUUCGUCGCCGCACUUCAGGCUUAAGCAAUAUCGGAAGCGCCGUCCUCAAAUGCCUCCUUAGCGUGAAGAGUGCCUGACCUGAAAGCGUAGAACAGUGUUUUCACGGCGACACAGUUAUAUCGAGAAAUACCAUCUUUGGAAAAAAUACUAUAUGCUGUAACACCUACCAUGCAUAAAACAUAAAAACAGUCGUCAUUCACCCGCUUAAUCUCUGUAUUAUGCCACCAUUGUGCGUAGUGUCUAAAACCAUAAAACCACACCCUUACCAGAUAAAUAAAUAAAAAAUUGUGGGCUACAAGUGAACUUAAAAUAUAGACCAACUAGUCAGACGUUGACAACUUUGAGACUAAACAGGCUCACGUUUUAGUUGAUGAAACUCAGAAGUAACUCAAACAGCCAGUGACUACAAGUGGUGAGCCAGGAACGGACCAAUCUCUUCAGCCCAUUUCUCAUCGUGACAAUCAGCAUGACCAGCCUGGACCAAGAUGUACCCCUGCGUCUCACUCGUACGGAGCUGUUUGACUUCCACGGCGUGUCAAUGAUCAACUAUUUCACUGACAACUGGGACAAGGUGCAGAACUUCCAGGCGAAGCCUGACGAUGUUGUCAUCGCAACGUAUCCCAAAGCAGGUACAACCUGGGUGUCCCACCUGUUGGACCUUCUGUAUUUUGGGGCAUCCGCGCCGGAGCGUGGGGUCUCGGUGCCCCUCAUCGAGAGGGUCCCGUUCCUGGAGAUCUACAUGCCGGCAUUUCGUCUCUCAGGUGUAGAGAUGCUCGAUAAGAUGACCACUUCCCCUCGCCUCAUUAAAACCCACCUUCCCAUCCAGUUUGUGCCGAAAUCGUUCUGGGAACAAAAGUCUAGGAUUGUCUACGUCGCCCGCAACGCCAAGGACAGUGCCGUGUCCUACUUCCACUUUGACCGUAUGAACUGUUUGCAGCCAGAGCCUGGGGACUGGGCUAGUUACCUGCAGAGAUUUCGGGAGGGCAAAGUGACGUUCGGCUCCUGGUACGACCACGUGACUGGGUGGUGGGAGAAAAGUCAGACCGGCCCCAACCUCCUCUACCUACACUACGAAGAUCUGGCAGAGGACAUCGACCGGGAGCUCGAGCGCUUGUGCUCCUUCCUGGACAUGUGCCCGACUGAAGAGGAGCGGCGUCGGGCGAAGGAAGGGGCGAAGUUCGAUGCCAUGAAGGACAACGUCAUGACUAACGGCACUCUGAUCAAAGCCAUGGACCCCAAAAUCUCGCCGUUCAUGCGGAAAGGAAAAGUUGGCGAUUGGAAGAACCACUUCACCGUGUCGCAGAACGAGCAGUUUGACAGGGAGUACCGGGAGAAGAUGGCGAACACCGUGCUUCGGUUCCGGACCGAGAUUUAGGCCGCCGCCCGCCUGCCCGGGAACUGAGCCUUGGGUCAGGUGACGUCGACGCGUGAACUCGAGGGUCAGCUGCAGCUGUGAUUCGCUGGCAGUCGAGAGGAAGUUGCACGGAAUGUUUGUCCUAAAGCGGAAGGUGAAAAGCGUAUCGACACUUUUUACAGGUCUGUCAAAAAUAACAGCAUUUUACAUCACCUUAUAUUUCAUCGCUUUAUUAUUUCACUAUUAAAAAAAAUAUGUCUUUGGUCUGCCGUACAUUAUAAAGUGUAAUACUUGUAAUUCUCAUAAUUGCCAAUACAUGUUAUGCAAUAUAGGAUUAUAAUAGUCAGAAUUACUUAUUGAAAUUGUUUAAUGGAGUUCAGACUGUUUAACAGCGUAGGAAAUGACAUCAUAUUCUAGAGACACACAACUGAGAGUCCUCUCCAUGUCGAUUUCCUUUGUAUACCUCAAUAACCUUUCUGUCCUUAGCUGGUGGAAUUUGAGGGUUGUUCAAUCACUACUAUUGAUCCUUGUAUUAAGGUGCUCAUAAUACAUGAAAUACAUAAUACAUAUAAUGUAAACAUAAUGUAUAUUAAAUUAAAAGAGUUUCCUAGAGAUUUGCAUUGCAA